CCGUCAUCAACAAUGUAUGUUUACAUAAAGUUGUGGUUUCGGCAGCAGAUCAAAUUUCGAAACGAUUACGGUGUCGAGACAAAACUCAUUUUGCAAACUCCUCCACUACCCUUCAUCGUAUUUUGUUUACAUUGAUUAAUCAAGAGUCAUUAACGGAUAGAAAACGCAACCUGCACGCUCCAGCGAACGAGUGUAAAGUGAAUCACCACCAUCAUUUGGCUCGUGCUUGUUGGUAUCGAAUAUCAUAUUUCGUAGGCUUUCCUCAAAAUGUCCAACCUCUACCUACUCCCGAUAUCAGUCUUUCUGUUGUUCAACUUUACUUUCAUCGGCACGUACAUCGCGGCGGUGCUGCAGGGUCACGUAGUGCCGACGGUACCGUACAUUAGCGAUGCUGCGACAUACUCACCGGAAAGCUGCGUUUUCGGUCAACUCAUCUCGAUCGGCUGUGUACUGCUGGGCAUCACGAUAUACGUGCGGUACCGCCAGAUACAGGAGAUCUCGUAUCGGCACAGCGACGUGCGGCAAGCGAUCGGACGCUACAGUGUGAUCGCAUUCUGGAUCGGUAUCGGGUCUUGUUUUGGCAUCAGCAUCGUCGGUAACUUCCAGGAAACGAACGUUCGCAUCGCCCACUACGUCGGUGCAUUUCUUGCCUUUGGGCUGGGAACGGUGUACUUCUGGAUACAGUCGUAUCUGUCCUACUACAUCCAGCCGUACAUGGGUACGAUGCAGAAAGCGAACCUCCGCUUGGUGCUGUCGGUCGUGUGCACCAUCUUCUUCAUGAUCGUCUCGAUCACCGGCGUCAUCUCGCACAUCCUGUUCCAGGGCACAGAUCCGCGCAAAUGGUACCCGUCGGACGGUGGCUGGGAGUAUCACGUGGCCAGCUCCAUCUCGGAAUGGAUUGUCGCAACUGCCUUCUGCUUCUACGUACUAACGUUCACCGACGAGUUCCGCACCAUGCGCUUCGACCAUCCGCCGCUUAUUUUUCUCGAAAUCGAUACGACUCGCUUGUACGAUCCAGUCAUCAACGAGGCAGCGACCAGUUAGCUUCCGAUUUUCCCCCAUAUACCCUGCUAGCGAGUAGCCCCGGCCGUCCAUGGUGCCGCCAGCGAGACGCUAGCCAGCUCUGCGGUCACUGCAGCACUAUCGGCAACCACCAGUAGCGGCCGACUAUACGAUCGGCGGCUGCAGCGCCAGCUGCCUCCUCCGGUGCCGGACUCAUACGGUGAGUUCAGUGAUCUCAGCCAGCAGCAGCAACAGCGGCCCAGCGCUUCGAUUUAAGGAACAAUUCAUACCAAGCCAUACGCCAGUUAGUUGAACAUGGUGCCGAGUGCGUGGUGUUGGUUCUGUUUUCUUCACCACCCUUCCAAUAACUUAUGAAUUAAUUACUAUUAAUUGAGCGAGAAGCUCAGCCAAAAAUACAUUUCGUGUGCGUUGCAAGGAUCA